CACCAUUCAUUCACUCAACUCAACUCAGCUCAUUCACACUGAACACAGUCACCAUGAAGUCUGUGGCUCUUGUCAUUGUGACAUUUCUACUCUUGGCAAAUGUGAAAGCGUUUCGCGAGCCACGAGGAAGGUGCCAGUGUCUAAAUGGACUGGUGGAUUACAUUCCUCGACACAACAUUGCUAAAUUAGAAAUACUCCCAGCUAGUUCCUCGUGUACAAACUUGGAGAUUGUUGUUACUCUGAAGGCUAACAGAGGGAAGAAAUGUCUAAAUCCAGAAGCAGAGUACGCUUCAAAAAUCAUCCAGAGGACAAUAAAGAAGAGGCAUGUCCACUAAAUGAGGAUGAGCUGCUGACUUCUCUGAUAUUCUGUUUCAGUUUAUACACUGACCAGCAGGAUGUUUUUUUAUUUUAUUUUAUUUUAAAUGUAACUAUGUAAAUACUGAACUAUGUACAGACUGAAUAUAUAAAUUGUAAAUAUGUAAAUAUGUUCUUUUGCACCUUCUACAUGGUGUAUGCCAUUUUUAGUCUUGUUUUGUCUUUCUAAAAUAAAGAAGCUUUGAAUGUG